AUGUGCGGACCCUCGAUAUCGCGCUCGUCGAAGAUGGCGACGUCAACCCUCCUCUCGUCGUUCAAGGCCCUGUCGCUGUCCGCCUCCGCGAAGCCCAUCGCCCGGACGGCCUUCCGCGCGCAACAACAGUUCGUCGCGCGCCGUUCCAUUUCCUCUGCGAUCCUCCCUGCGACCGCAAGACCGACGACUAUGAGGGUUACCACGAUGGCGGUUAAGGCUCUGCAGCCGUCCCUGCAGACUCAGCAGACGAGAGGCAUGAAGGUCCACAGUUCGAUCAAGAGGAGAUGCGAGCACUGCAAGGUCGUGCGAAGGAAGCGAGGCAAGCGAGGCAACGGAUACCGCUACAUCAUUUGCAGCGCAAACCCGAGACAUAAGCAACGGCAAGGAUAG